CUUGGAGAGCUCCUGCUAUGGCGAUGACGAUCGAAGCACGGAUUCUUGCGCGCUGUGGCACUGGCGAUGGCGAUUGAUUCGGCGUCGCCGAGAGCAGUGUGAGUGUUGUUCUCACGGGCACAAUGGCAGACACUUCAGCUUAUUUUCUCGCGUGCUUGCACCCCUGUAGGCUUGCUGGACUGGCGUUCAUGUUUUCUGUGGGAAUUAUGAUGCAAAUCCUGGCUUGUGCCUUGUACAGCAAUUGGUGGCCAAUGCUCACAGCUCUCAUGUACGUGAUGGUUCCAAUGCCUUGCUUGUUCUUCGGAAGCUCUUCGUCCGAGUCGCUUCUAUCUGUCGGCGAUGCUACUGGAGACUGGGCUGAUGCUGCAAAGUUCCUGACGGGAUUUUCAACCGUGGGAAGCAUUGCGAUUCCGGCCAUUUUGCGCCAUGCGAUGUUGAUAGAGAUCGGCGCCAUGUUUCUCGCUUACUCGUCUUUCAUUAUUUUGACGAGCACCGUCAUCUUGUUCCAAUACGUGACUCGCGAGAGCGAGUGGUAGUGGCAGCAAGCUGUAACAUUUGGAGGUGUUUAUGUAAGAUAUCAAGAUUCGUGAUAGUU